UUUGUUCUGUUUGUUCUAUUUUUACCCUUGGUUUUUGGCUUAUUCUUUUUCUUUUGUAUGGUGAACUUGGGAUUGCUCAGCAGAAUAUGCAGGACGUGGGCGGUUAAUCUAUGAGUGUCUUUUUUGAUUUUCUUUUGAUUUUUUUUUUGUUCUGUUAAUGUUUUUUUUGUUUUUGGUUGAAUUGUGCCUCUUUCAUCUCAUUUCUUUUUCUCCCUCUAUUUUUUUUUUUUUUUUUAUUGUGCCUACUGCGGUCAAAUCAACUAUCUUUUGUUCCCGAUUUGAUGGUGCUGAUUUCCUAAACCUUUCAUUUUCAGUACCUUUUAAACAGAAAAGAAGGGAUUGUUUUUGUUUUCUGAUUACCUGCUGGUCGGUGUUCGUGGUCGUAUUUAGUGACUUAGUAUCGGAUUCUACAAUGUUUCGAUUAGAAUUGUUUGAUCUAAUGACAAAUUCCAAUUCCUGAUAUCCUGUACUUUGGGCUAUUAAGUACUACGUGCUCUUUCAUUACUCUUGCUUCUCUUCCCUUUGUUCCCCCUGUUCUUUACUUACCUUUCUAGAAAGUAGGUGUGUUCUCUUUCUCUUUUAUUUUUAAUUUUUUU